CUAUAUCCCCAAGUCUCAGUUACUCUCUAAACGGUAAACUUUAUUUAGAUCCAAAACAUGGCUUCCACCACCAAUGAUCCAGAUUUUGCAUUUUUGGAACAUGUUCAACAAUACCUUCUUUGUGAUGAUUCCAGUUUUCAAACAUCUUAUCAAUCUUUUUCAAGCCCUAAGAGUGACAGUGAUUCAGACAAAUCUGUAGGGGUAAGUGAGGUAAGUGCACCUCCGGUGUCUUGGAAGCGGUACAAGGGCGUGAGGCGUAGGCCAUGGGGAAAGUUUGCAGCGGAGAUCAGAGAUCCAAAAAAGAAUGGUGCUAGGGUUUGGUUAGGGACUUAUUUGACCGAGGAAGAAGCAGCUUUGGCUUACGACAAAGCUGCUUUCAAGAUGCGUGGCCAUAAAGCCAAGGUUAAUUUUCCCCACCUUAUUGGCAACGACGUGUCUAUAGAUACGUCAGAGCCAAAAAGGGAGGUGGUUUUGAAACGUGACUCGCCUGAACCUUCUUCAUCGGAGGGAAGUUACGAGUCAUCGUCAACGGGGUCAAAGAGGAGGAGGGGUAUGGCUGACUUACUAAACAAAUUAGCCAAGAAUAGAAGUCAAGCCAUGGUGGUUGAAAUUAAAAAGACCUCACAGGAAAAUGACUUUGAGCAAUGGGUGAAUGAGUUGAGUGAUUGCACUCUAAUCUGGAGCUCCUAGAGUAGUUUUGUUAAUUUUAUGUUUUCUUUUGAUUUGUGCAGUUUCUAAAUAUUUUUUUGCAUUACCCGGUUGAUAUUAAUGGGGUGAUGUUUGAGCAAAACUACAACAAUUAAUGUUGUUAUUUUUCCAAAAGAACACUUCUUUUGGAUUUGAUGUUAAGUUGCAAAAAGAAAGAAAGCAUAUUAGAGAUGCAUAAAUUCAAUUUAUUCAUAUCUAUAAGGAAAUAUUGAUAUGCGUGCCAAACUAAUACUACUACUUCUUCUGGUCUAAUUAAAUAUUAUGGUGUUGAUUUUAGGGAAGACAAGCUCACCUAAAUGCGCCGGGUCUGCUUACACCCAACGGGUGAAAAUUUGAAUUAAUUGAAUUUGGGUUCGAGUGAGGGUUUGGGUAGUGUGAAACCUGCACUCGAAAUCCGAAAUCACAUCCAUAUAUAUAUAUAUAUAUAUAUAUAUAUAUAUAUAUAUAUUAAAUAGUUGUAGGAAAAAUGUAUUUUGUGUAUUUUGUUACAAAUUUGAGUUUGGGGGAAAAAUCUGAAUCCAACGGGUGUGGGCGUGAGUGUUAUUUUGCCACCCGAACAGUAUUUGAGUUUGAAUUUGAGUUCGGGUACCAAUUUCGAAUGCAGAUUUAGGUAGUGUGAAAUCUGCACCCGACCCGUUGAGUUAGGUUAUAAGAGGAGAAGAAUAACUACAAAUAAUAGAAUUUGAUAUUAUCAUAUUGAUACAAGACUUUUUUUUAAUUGCAAUAUUAUGUUGUUGGAUUAUAUGAGGAAAAGAAUAACCAAAUAGACAACACGAAUGUAAGCCAAAUUAUAAUGAAAUCUCCCCUUAAGUAAACUUUCACUUCUAGAGAUAAAAAAACUCAAUUAGUAAACUAAGAUCCUUAGGGAGAAUUCAAUGCAUCCCAGUCACUUAAAGAUCCUACACCAGGUACUAGAGACUAGAUUAUGAGUAACAAAUAGAUGUAAAAAAAUUCUAGCGAAUCCCCAUACAAAAUACAAUAGAGAUCCUCCGGUUAACAAAAACAUUCCACUUGAAUAAAUUGUCUCUAAAAACAUCCUAUCCAGCAAUAGCUACCAAGAAAAGACCAUCAUUUUAGAGGGAGCUCAACUAUCUCAAAUGAACGGAAUAGUUAGUUUCCGUCUAGCUAAUUUUCCCUCUGAGAGAGGAAGAAAGUCUGAUUGGACUAAAUACAUGAAUGCCACUAAAAAGAAAUCUUUGUUGGAAUAUUUCCAUGCCCAAUUAUCACUACACAUUAAACUAAAAUUCUUGGAAAAAAGAAAAGAAAUAAGUGAUUAGAGGUUCUUCGUGAACAAAGAACAAUCUCUUCCAUCUAAGAUCCCAAGAAAUCCUCCCCUUUGAAAACCUCUUAAUCUCAUUCACCAACACUUCCUGAAAUUUGGAA